ACGCGGAAAUCAGCCGGGCGGCGGGUCGGGCUGCGCCGGCGAUGGCCACAGCGGCGGGGCCGGGAGCCGGAGCCGGAGCCGAGCUGGUCCAGCUCAACGUGGGCGGCCGAAGGUUCAGCACUUCCCGCCGGACCCUCACCUGGAUCCCGGACUCCUUUUUCUCCAGCCUCCUGAGCGGCCGGAUCUCCACCUUGAAGGAUGAAACGGGCGCUAUCUUCAUUGACCGAGAUCCCGAGAUCUUUACCCCCAUCCUGAACUUUCUCCGGACGAAAGAGCUUGACGUCAGGAGGACCAACAUUUCGCUGCUGCUGCAUGAGGCGCAGUUCUAUGGCAUCACGCCACUCGUCCGCCGCCUGCAGUUGCAGGAGGAGCUGGAUCGAUCGUCUUGUGGGAGUGUCCUGUUCAAUGGCUACCUGCCAGCACCAGUGUUCCCUGCCAAGCGGUGGAACCGCCACAGCGUCACAGGGGCACAGUUGGCUGUCCGGUCGGGGAACCUGACGGAGCGGGCCCUCGUGCGCCGCAGCAACACCAUGCCCCCCAACCUCGGAAACGCCGGGCUUCUGGGGCGCCUGCUGGAGGAGAGGAGCUCAGCGGCAGGCGCUCUGAACGACCCGGGCAUGGUGCGCCUGGUCUGUGGCCACCAUAACUGGAUUGCCGUGGCCUACGCUCAGUUCCUUGUCUGUUACAGGAUGAAGGAGACGUCUGGCUGGCAGCUGGCCUUUUGUAGCCCCCGGCUGGACUGGGUGAUCGACCGGGUGGCGCUGAACGCCCGGGUGCUUGGCGGCUCGCUGGGCGACAGCGACAAAAUGGUGGCUGCUGCCUCUUGCAGCGAGAUCCUCCUUUGGGCUCUCCAGGCCGACGGGAACGGCACUGAAAUCGGUGUGUUCCACUUGGGAGUCCCCGUGGAGGGUCUGUUCUUUGUGGGCAGCCAGCUCAUUGCCACCAGCCACACGGGCAAGAUUGGCGUCUGGAACGCGGUCACCAAGCACUGGCAGACUCAGGACAUGGUCCCGAUAAACAGCUACGAUGCCGCCGGUUCCUUCUUGCUCCUGGGAUGCAACAACGGCUCCAUCUACUACGUCGACGUGCAGAAGUUCCCGCUGCGCAUGAAGGACAACGACCUCCUGGUGACGGAGCUGUAUCGCGAUCCCUCUGAGGACGCCAUCACUGCGCUCAGUGUCUACCUCACGCCCAAGAGCAGCAACAGCGGCAACUGGAUCGAGAUUGCCUAUGGCACCAGUUCAGGCAAGGUGCGGGUGAUCGUCCAGCACCCCGAGACGGUGGGCUCUGGGCCCCAGCUCUUCCAGACCUUUGCCGUCCACCGCAGCCCAGUCACCAAGGUGAUGCUGUCCGAGAGGCACCUCAUUUCAGUCUGCGCCGACAACAACCACGUCCGCACGUGGACGGUGACAAGGUUCCGUGGGAUGAUCUCCACACAGCCCGGCUCCACCCCCCUCGCCUCCUUCAAGAUCUUGGCACUGGAGUCCGUGGACGGGCACGGGGGCUGCAGCGCCGGCACAGACAUUGGCCCUUUUGGUGAGCGGGACGACCAGCAGGUGUUCCUCCAGAAGGUGGUGCCAGACGCUAGCAAGCUGUACGUGCGGCUCUCCUCCACUGGCAAGAGGAUUUGCGAGGUGUGCUCCGUGGACGGCACUCCCAUCACGGCCUUCAUGGUGCAGGAGUGUGAGGGCUCCAGCCGCAUCGGCUCACGCCCACGUCGCUACCUCUUCACUGGCCACAGCAACGGCAGCCUCCAGAUGUGGGACCUCACCACCGCCAUGGAGAUGGUGGGCCACGUGCCAGAUACUGGCGGCCUCUCGGAGGAGGAGCUUCUCCGGGAAUUGGAGCAGUGUGACUUGGCACUCAGCCACAGCCUAGAGACGAGCCCGGCUGGGUCCGUCACCCCCACAAGCACUCCCUGUGCUGCCAGCACCAGCAGCUUCCAGCUCCAUGACGCGGACGGCGCCCGAGAGAGGCCCGCCAGGGGCUCCCCAGCCCUUCUUCCUCGCCACUUGAGCCGUGAGAAUCCGACCCACCCUGAUGUGCCGCGUGGGGACCUUGACAAGCGGCGCCAGGGCGGGAACUUUGUUGAGCGCUGCCAGGAGCUGGCCCGUUCCUCCGAGCUGGCCCAGCCCGAGGGCCAGUAUGCCAUCCGUUCCCGGGAGCUGGGGGCCAGGACGAGGCGAGGCAGGCCCUCUGCCGGCACUGCAGGCCAAAGGGCCCCCAACCCCAGCCCUCUGGAGCCCACCCUCCCACUGGCCCCAUCCAGACUGCGGCUCAGCGAAACAUCUUUCUGACCCUCCGGGGCCUGGCGGAGGGGCCGGAAGCCCUUGGGACUACGGGGCCUAUCCUGCUGCCAGCCGGGCACUGCUCUGGGGCUGACGCAGGCUGCUGUUCUCUGGACACGAAGCAGCCUGGGAUGCCCCUGCCCACCGCACUUCUGGUGCCCGACGCUGUACAAUGACGGCGAAACUGGCCGAUGAGCCCUUGCAGAGGCUUGGGAGGCUCGCUGCAGUGCUGGCCCCUUUCCGCCGCCUCCGCCUCCUUCACCACGCUGCCCUUCGGUGUCCCUUUCCAUGCCCUCCCUCAAGCCUCUCAGGGUCUCAGUCUCCGUGGGAGGGAUUUUGCACAAGUGCGGGGUGGUGUUGGUCUGCGCCGGCAUUCACAGGUGGUGAGUUGCCUCUGCGAUGGGGGGGGGGGCUGUCCCCUCCCCUCCCCUCCCCUCCCUCCCUCCCUCCCUCCCUCCCUCUGAGAAGCCAAAGUCGCUCGCUUGUGAGCAAUAAGCCCGUGGGCCUUUGCUGCACUGAUGUGUGUUUUCCUUCUUUUUGCGUCAGUCUGAGACUGGCCACCAAUAAACGUGGAAGGAAGCCCC